CCUGACAAAAGUGUGCAUAGAAUGCUUUUUCAGAAAUAUAGGCGAGAAUUGUUUUAAAGAGCAAACUAAAUAUCUAAAUCAUUUGCUAAAAAUCAUGGCUGACCAUUCAUAAUUAGAUACGUCUACUGUUCACAGUGGAUCUAACGUGAUGACGACACUAAUUAUAUUCAACAUAAUUGCCUCUAUUGUGUGUGUGUUUUCAACAAUUACUGUCGUGUGACAUUUUGACGAUUGAGAUUUCGACAGCGGAAAUAUCCGAACAUAUGCGGAGAAUCUUCAACGAUUGAUGAUUAUUAAAUUCUUGAUAACAUCUGUUGUAUCACGUUAACAUAGAGGUAAAAAAUGGACUUAAAAAAAUUGAAAGGCGACGUCGAAGCGGGGGGCGAACAUGCGCCUCGUGACAAUGAAAAAGAAGAAGAAAGAUCGGACGAAGAAGAACGCAACAAUGAUGAGGAUGAGAGAAGUGAGAGAUUUGUUGAAACGAGGGACAAGCCGGAGAUUCUCAAAAUAAAAUCAUUGAAUCAGAAUAACAAAGAAAUGGCACCAUUCUACUUUGGGGAUACGCUGGACAACAGAAUGGCGGAAAUUAGGAAGUCGAUUUAUCAUAUCCGAAAUAACUGGUCCGAGUUUCAACAGUUUCAGGCAGCUUUGAAGAACUUGCUGUUAGAGGACGACGAACUAGACUUCAAGGACAAAGAAACCCGCAUUCACUGUGCCCAUGUUCUAACCGCUGAUCGCGACUGGUUGACGCUGGAUGAAGCACACUCAAAAGAUUUAGGAUACGAAGCUAUCAAGUUGUACACCUCAAAAGAGGGACAUGCCAAGAUCUACCGAUUGGCAAACGCGAUUUUUCGUCAAAAGGCGGAAGUUUCGGCGGAACGCAUUCGGAGCGUCGUUUUCUUGAUCGAGCUCAUCAACAUAGAUCUGUUUAAUUACUGCCAGAAGGAUCAGACAAAGGUCGAUUUCCGUGGCACAGUCUACAGAGGAAUCGCAGUCACUGAGGAGGAUCUGCAAGCGUUCAAGGACCUGCGGAAUCAGCCGAUUGCAAACCGAAAUAUUGCGGUCCCUCUAGGUCUGUUUGCCUCCAGUUCGAAGUUAAAAGUUGCGAAAAGAUUCAUCAGAAAGCAAAUAGAGCGCGCUGACCCCGCCACACCCCUGAUCGCGCUUCUUCUGAAGAUCCACGUCAUCGGAGUCAAGCCUGAAUACGUCGCGUUUUAUAAACGUCGUUUCCCCAACGCGGAACUUACAACGAUCUGCGCGGUGGACAUACACGAGAUUUCCCAGUAUCCGGGCGAGUCGGAGGUCCUCUUGAGAGGUCCGUUCAAGUUGAUUCUAGACAUGUACCGUGACGAAACGAUGAAGAUCGCCGGCCAGGCACCGUUCGUCGUCGAGGCGGUGAUGCUCAAUGCGAACCGUGACCACAUUUCUACCUCAACGUGUCUCGGUGAAGAUGACGCGUUAGCACGUGACUUAUUCGCUGCAAUGGUUACGGAGACGAGGAGCGAGUUCGCGGCCGCGUACUGUCUCCGCAAGGGUUUGAGUGUCGACCAAGAGGAAUACACGAACAUUGCUAAGGCAAGCAAAGAGAAAUUAAACGAACUAAUGAAAAAGUAGAACUUUUUUUCAUCAACACGCUUUAUGUCUAUAAAAAAAGUUUUAUUUUUACUGCUUACAUAAGGUUAAUAACCAGCUUGUCGACGAAGUUGACCUUCGGGCAAAAUUCGUUUCAAGUCGGUGAGUUAAAGGUCAAUGUCACUGGUACUUUAAAACAAUAAACACGAUUUCUGCUCAAUACCUUGAUGGAGAUAUUGUGCGUAGAUUUUGUGUUUGUAAAUUUAGCCGAAAGGUAUUUGCUUGUUUAAAUUGAUUAUAAAAUACCUCAAACUUUGUAUUUUUUAGUUUACAUUUCAGACCUUACUUUGCGUUUGGAAUCGGGUCAAUGUCACUGCUACUAAAAUAGAUAAACUGUGUUCCGUCCAAUAACAUAAGUUUAGUUUAGAUGUGGUAUUGCGUUGAAAUUGUGUUCAAGUCGCAUACACAGGUCGCAUGCAGGCAGGUCUAUCUUGGGAUUGCAAAUUUAUUGAAAUAGAAGGUGUGUUUCGUGUUUUUGGUUCAAACGUUAAACAUUUUAGGCAAUCACUUAUGUUUUCAGUAAUAGUAACGUGUAAUGUAUGUUAUAAGGUUUGUAAAAGCUUACAGCAGGAAAUGUUUUUGAUAGGGAGCUUUGUGAAUUUGUUGUUUAAUAUGUUUUACAAAACGUGUUCUUCACGGCCUUAAUGAAUCUCAAUGUUUACCUGUCUGCUAGAAUCUCACGCUUGUAACGCGUUCUGAAUACAUGAUUCAAGUAUUUUUUCAUACCGAUAGUUAGACAAUUCUUUUUUAUUAUAUUAAAUGUAUUACUGUUAACUGAAAACUUUGUGUAUGUUUUGUAGUUUAGCGACAAUAUUUUUUUCGUUUCUAGCAAAUAAUUAUUUUGCACACAACUGAUUUUAGUACUUUGAUUCAUAUGCAAACAUUAACAUUUUGUUACUUAAUUAUUGUAUUUCAGUUAAUUUAAUAACAAUAAAUAUUAAUCACACUACAUAGAAAUAGAAUGAUGUUAAUAUACUCUACCGAUAAAAGAAUGUGUAGAGCAUUUGGAGGUUAACAUGAGUUUCUGGAAAUAAUACUUUAUAUCAGGACGUAUAGGUCCCUAUUUAUAUUUAGUUCGAUUAAAUGUAUUAUCAUACGAAACAUCUAUUUAUAUUUCUAAUCCAUAUCUGAAAUGUGUUCGUGUUGUUAAUGAAAAUUCGUUGGCUUUGAAGACAAUUUCGAUAUUAAAAACAAUUGAUGACGUGUUAAAAAUAUAAGAUAAUACAGGUAGCUCACAAGCGAGAUUACCGAUAGUACUAGCUUUUCCUAUCGUGUGAAGAAAUUAAAAUCAAAUCACA